AUAUGGAUUUACUUGACCGGGAAGUGAUAUGUUUAGUCUCACCCAUAAUAUUUGUAGCUUACAUGGGUCGUUUGUAUAAACAAAACGGAUCAGUAUAGCGUUUUAGGGCAUUGUAAGCGAUGUCGCCUCGCGUGAGCGUUAUUAACACACCGCAACAAUUUUGUCGUCGUCGUUAUCAGCGCGUGUAAACCCGGCCCGUUUAGCGUAACAGCGCGGUGCGGAGCGCUAAAUAAAGGCAUUUAGUGUCUGAUCAAGACGGAACUGACUGUUUGUGCUGCGAAAACAUGGCAGAGUUGCACGUUGAGCCCAACGCGACUGGCAUCAUCGAGCAGACCGAGCAUUGUGAAAUCAGAGGCUCAGUGAACGUGAGACUCCCCUCCCCUACUCUGGUGAUUCCGCCCCGGACUGGCUUGUCCAGUCCAGGGGUCUCCGGCUCCAGAGCUGUGUUUGGGUUUCCUAUGAAGAGCAACCCCAAUUCCCCAUCAUCAGAAGCCACAGAGAAGCCAGGAUCUCGGUGGGUUCGGCUGAAUGUCGGGGGAACCUACUUUGUUACAACGAAACAGACCCUUUGCAGGGAUCCUAAAUCGUUUCUGUAUCGAUUAUGUCAGGAAGAUCCAGAUCUGGAUUCAGAUAAGGAUGAGACAGGAGCAUAUUUGAUUGACAGGGAUCCCACAUAUUUCGGACCCAUCUUGAACUACUUGAGGCAUGGAAAGUUGAUCAUCAACAAGAACCUCGCUGAGGAGGGUGUUCUGGAGGAAGCUGAGUUUUACAACAUUGCGUCACUUGUGAGGCUGGUGAAGGAGAGAAUACGAGACAAUGAGAACAGAACGUCUCAGGGCCCUGUGAAACAUGUGUAUCGUGUAUUACAAUGUCAAGAAGAGGAGCUCACUCAAAUGGUUUCCACCAUGUCAGACGGAUGGAAGUUUGAACAGCUCAUAAGUAUCGGCUCCUCCUAUAACUAUGGCAACGAGGACCAAGCCGAAUUCCUGUGCGUCGUUUCCCGGGAGCUCAACAACUCCACCAACGGAAUUGUUAUCGAGCCCACUGAGAAGGCUAAGAUCCUUCAGGAGAGGGGGUCUAGGAUGUGAGGAGCCUACACAGAUCUCCCAUUCCUCACUUCCUUUCUCCAGUACCUCCUCCACCAUACAGCUGACUUCAAGUUCAUUAGCCCUCCACCCCUCACCUCACCCUCCCCUCCUCCCUUGUGCCUUUCCACUGUGGGGGAUUCAGUCCCCCUCCUCCCUGCAGUGCUGCAACAUUAACCAAUCAGCACCACCACUAACUAUCACUGCUAUUAUCGACUAAUCAAAAAUGCGUCCGAGGUUAAACCUCAGACCAUUACAUUUGAUGCAAGACUGCUCAGAGAGAGGAUUACAGGGAAGGAUUCAUCAUUCAUCCUAAUGCUUAUUUAUGCAGACUUCAUCAUCAUCAUCCUCCUCAUAUCCUGGUCAUUAUCAUCAUAAUCUUUACAGCUGCUGGCUUUAAAUGUUUAAAGGGGGGUUCAGUUUCCCCUGUUGGCUCGGCUGCGUCCACAUGACCAUAAUCUCCUCAGGACUUCCAAACGGCGUGCAAGAAAGACUCACUUCUCCGACCGUAAAUACAGCUUCUCUUAACAAGCACAUUAACUUACACUGUAAACCAUUAGCAGCCAAAUUCGCAUCAUUACAGCAUUCACUUCCCAUUGCCUGAUCAGACCAAAAGCACAGCAGAUGGCGUAAUGGAUAAAAAGAAGACAGCGGCAUUUGAACAUCUUCAGAGUGGCAUGUUUCUUUCGUUAACUACCCAUUUACCCAUCUGGAAAGGACCAGAGGCGAAGGGAGAACUCAUACUGCCAAUUGUCCAGUCAGAUGCCCAAAAUCGCGUGUCCAUCGCUGUGAAGAUGUCUCACAUUUCUGAUCCGCUCCGGUUGAUUUUUGUCAUCCUGGAUUUUUUUUUAUUUUUUGCCUUGUUGCUGGAUAUUUCAAAGCAUCCAAACAGGAAAUUAAAAAACAAACAAAGAAAUAUGUGGUUGUAGGGCAUGUGAGGAUUAUGUAUAUUACAAACAUAUGUAUUACGAAGAGGCUGAAUGCAAGUCAUGUAAUUGUUAAUAUCUGUACCAUAGUGUUUUUUUUUUUUUUUCCUGUGUGUUUAUCAAGAUAGUUUCUCUAUUUGAUUGGGGAAGGUUCUGUAUUGACCCCUAAUGUAUUUGUUUUUUUUUUUUUAAAGCCUGGUCGCCGAGAUGUGAAUUUGUUGUGGUUCCUUCAAACUUUUUGUCAAUGACUGGAAAAAAACAGGAGACUUCUUGUAUAGAGGUAUCAGGCGAACAUAGCCCAGGUGGUUCAGGAGACUGUUGUUAGACAAAGUGCCCACAAGUUUUGAGUCAGGGCAAAACUGCAUUAGUGGCUCUUUGUUGCAUCUUUUGACACUUUUCUGACAUUUUAGAUUCAGAUAUAGCUCUCCCCGUAACAUUUUGGCUACUUAACUGUUUAACUCAUUGUUUAAACAAAGUCUGAUCACGUCAGUGGAAUGUUUUUGAAUGUUAAGGGCUCCAUUUAUUGUGGAACAUUCUUGUCUUUUCCCCCCCUCCAAAAUCUAGUUUUCAUUUUAACAUUGAAGCCCAGUCUUUGAAACAAGUUGCCCUCAUUUGUUAACCCAAAACCUUCUCUACAAAAGCAGAUAAAAUUGAUCUCCUGUUUUAUUUAUUUUUUUAAUAAAUACAUUGUGGUUUUUCUGAAUCUACUGUGACUACAUCACAAAUUGUCAGUAUUUGAACAGUAUCCAGGCUGUAUUUUGGUUAUUUGGUUAUUCAUAUCUUUUGAUAAACUAUUGAAUCUAGGGAUCAGUGUAAGAUGGCAUCAUGUGUGUGGACUUUAGGUGACGUUUUUACGGUCUGCAGUGUUUUAAAGUGUUGUCUCUUCCUCUCUAAAUACCGUUAAGGACUUUACCUCUUUAUCGCACUAAACUCAUGUCCUUUUGUUUAUCAUAUCAAGAAGACAGUACUUGAGUUUGUGAGCUACAGUAUACUUUGUUUAUGUGGUCGUUGGUUUUCCCUUUCUUUGGUUGUGUUAAUGUUUUCCCCCUCCUGGAGAGAGUUUAUUUGUUCAGCCUCAAUUAUUAGUCAAUGAAGCUCCUGUAACCGGACCUCGGCUCUCUCACAGGAUCCUUUUGUACAUUCCCAUUGUUCAAAUAGGUUUCAAGUCUGGUUUCAAAGCAGAGUCCUGGAUUCAAGUCUAGGGGGCACUGUUUAAGUCUCUCUCCGGCCCAGUUGUUUGUCUAGUGUUGUGCCUUUGACCUGUCGUGCCCUACGUGUUUUCGCUCCUAUAUUACUCUUCUUAAAAUACAGAUGGUUCAGAAAUUUCAUGUUUGUUGUUUUGACUAACUCAGUUCUGUUCCUUGACUCAGAUACUGAAUGUGAAUCCCGUUUCCCCUGAGUUUGUUAUUGUUCUUAUUUCAGUGGUUCGUCUGUAUUUAGCUUUUCCACUCUUGCCCCUAUGCACUUUUAAUUUUUGCACCUCCCUGCAUUAUAAUGUUCUCACUGUGUGUAUUUUGUUUUGAGAUUUUGUUCUAUUUUUAGAAUUGAACCCCAUGUGAGGCAAAAGAAAAUGUCAUGCGCAGUCUCAAGUUUUAUUCAAGAUGGUUCAGGAAACUGAUAUGGAUGUCACAUUGACUGCUGAUGCUUUACAGCACUUGACUGUGAGACUUCUUUGUGUCUCUUUUCCUUAAAGAAAUCUGUCAUUCUCUUUUAGGUCUUGUACCACAUGUUGUUUAAGAUCAAACAAAAAGAUAUAUAGACAAAAAGAUAUCUUCUUUUUGAAAAGAUAUAUGCUAUUCUGAAAAAACAGGAGGUUGACGUUUUUGAACGCCAACUUGGAAGCAUGCAAUGUGUUGAGUAUAUAAUGUUAUAUGCUGGGAUGUUGUCAUACUGUAAAAGUGAAUUGGUGCAUGGACAGUUGACAGAUGGUAUUAAUAACAUUUAAGAAGUGGAAAAUCUGGCCCUAUUUUAUCUGUUAUGUAGAAAUCGCUAAAAUCAAACACAUUACUAGUGGAAAAACUUGCUUGCUGAGGCAAAAUAUGCUUUUGCAACACCCCGUGUAUUUGAUAAAAACAUUGGUUGAAAGCCUUUUUUCAAGCCGGCCAAAAGUGCAGACAUCUGUCAUAAUGUUUUCAGAUAAAAGUUAAAAAAAAUAAAGUCCAUGUUUAACAGAAGAGUUUAUUUUUCUUUUCCUGCCAUAAUGUUAAGUCUAUAACACCUGCAUGCUUUAACAUACAGUACACGCAUUUAUUUGUGCUGAAAACCUGCUCUUUCAUCAGAUGUUUUGGGUGUAUUGCAUUGUCAAUAGUAUUGAUGUAAAGUGUCAAAUAUGUCACUAGGCUAUGGAGAUUGUGGAGCUAAGUGUUCUGGAAAUGAAUAGUCUUGAUCAGACUGUCCUUUUCAAAUUUUUUUUUUAUUUCAUUUUUGAAGUUUGUCUUCUGAUGCAGUUUCUUGCAAUGUACAGAUUGCAAAAUGAUAAUGUAUGAUUUUUAUCAUAAAAUGUGUUUGUGUUUCAGA